AAAGCAGCCAUUUUGUGGUGUCGUAGUCUUCUUGAUUAUUCUGCAUUAAAUUUUGUCUAUUUUACAUGGAAGUAUUACUUUUUGUUGUGGUUUUGAUAAACCGACCAAAAACACACACAUAAUAUUCGGUCAAUUAGUUUUCAAUUGUUUUUAAACUUUUCAUAAUGGAGCAAGACGUGGAUGAUGAUUACAAAACUGUGUGCUGUGCUUGUCUUAGUAGCGAUAGGGAUUUGUAUUCAAUAAAUAAUUUCCAACAAGUUAAUGAAAUGUUUCGAUUAAUUAUGUACGAUUUCGCGGGUGGCCGGCUUGGCGAGCCACUUGAUAGUGAUCACUUGAUCUGCUGGGAGUGCCUAGCGGUGAUGAAGAGGCUGGCGCGGUUCAAGAGGCAGGUCCACAAUGCUCAGGAGCACUUAAGAGUACUUGCUAUGAGCCGCUCACAAGAGAGCAUGGACCACACAUACAUGUCCCAAUCGCUCUCCUCGCUGGAAAUGACAACAAAAUCAGACUACGAUAAGAUCUUCGUAGACUAUUAUUCUCAAGACUGGCCCGAGCAGUUCAGUCUGAGCAUCGCGACUGCGGAGGAAGUGAAAGAUGAACAGUACGAUGUGGUUCAAGUAGUCAGGGAUAACAUACAUUUGGACAUUGACGAACAUAUGCUUGAAGUGCCUGAAAUCGUCCUAGAGAAUCCGGCUACAGGCGUGAUGUCCCACAUAGUGGUGGAUACGGACGCCCUCGUCUCCAGGAGUAGCUGCGUUCAGGUCCAGUGUUCAAACACCAUGCUCACUGCGCAACCUCUGACGACCCCGGAAAUAGGCACCAUGAUCACUGUGCUCCCCAAAAUGGCGGCCGCUGUGAAACAAGAGCCCAACAAAGGUGGUUACACUACCGAAUAUCUGACUCAGGAAGAGAUGCUCGCUUCCAGAGAGGAAGCGAGACAGAAAGUGACGUACGCAAGCGCAGUGUACAAGUGUGAGUUGUGCAUCAUCGGAUUCUAUACUCAGCAACAAGUUAAAGAUCAUUUCUUGUCUGCUCAUAGGGAGAAACCAGGGAAAUCAUCGUGUAAGAUAUGCUACGUGUACAUAGACGACGGCGAGCUGGCUGCGCACACGCAGUCCCACUACACGCGGCACACGUGCGGCGUCUGCGGGCACGCGCAGCACAGCGCGCGCCUCAUGCAGCUCCACGUGGAGACUCACAGCCAGCACGCGGCGCAGGGGAAGGGCCGCAAGAAAAAAUCAGAAAAAUCGAACAAACCGCCCCCCAAACCGGGCGAUCUGAGGAAGCUGUUGUCCAAGACCACCAUUGAGGGGUACCAAUGUUUGGAGUGCGACAUGUUCUUCAAGAAUUCCCGAGCCCGCAAGAAUCACGUGGCGCGCUAUCACAGAGAAGGCCUACAGUGCGACCAUUGCAAGAAGCGGUUCGUGAACAGAACCACCCUAGCCACGCAUUUACGACUCCACGAAGGGCCGUUGCCAAGAGAGGAAUGCCCCAUCUGCCACAAGAUGGUCCGCUCCAUACAGAUAAAGUACCACAUACAGCGGCACCAGAGCAAGGCGAGAUACGAGUGCGCAGAAUGCAGGAAGCUUUUCUCACAUCUAGCCACGUAUCAGGCUCAUUUGAAAUACAGCAGAGCACACGCGAGCGAUCAAGUUUUCAAAUUUCCGUGUCCAAUGUGCAACAAGGGGUACCCGACCAAGGAGGCGAUGCAGGACCACUUCAACUAUCAGCAUUUGGGGAAAACCUCGCACAAAUGUCCCGUGUGUGAUAAGCCGAUCGCGUCCCGAGCCAACGUGGAGAAGCACAUUAUGAGGGUGCACGGUGAGAAGAAGGAUAAACCGAGGAAUCACGUGUGCAAUACCUGCGGGAAAUCCUUCACUGACAAGAAGGCGCUCACUCAACACGAGGUGAUCCACUCGGGCGAUCGGCCGCUUGUGUGCGACCUAUGCAAUCAAACAUUCAAACAGAAAGCGUCGCUUUACACACACAGAAAGAGAGUGCACAAAGUGUUCCCCGCUAAGAAGGUGGUGGAGUUUAUGGAGACCAAGGAGGGCGCCACGUAGUGAUGACACGGGUGUAUGAAUGUGGAUGAAGCGAAGGAAGUAUGCAGAGAUCGUGGGUAGUAGUAAGAUGUAGUGUCUGCCUACCCCUCCGGGAAAAGGCGUGAUUUUAUGUAUGUAUGUGUGUGGAGAUAUAUCCACGCCACAUGUCGUAAUAACAAAAUGAAACAAAUGCAGUCUGUGGCGACGUCACUAAUGUCAUUUAAUUGUCAAUCAAAAAAUGUCAAAUGUCAAAAACUGUCAGCGAAAAAAUUGACACGCUUGGCCAAUAUAGUAUGCGAGGCAGGUGGUAUAAUAGGUAUUUUUUAUACCCGCAAAUAAAUAAAUUUUUUAACGGUAUAAGAGUUUUCAUAAUCUUUUUAGAAUUUCCGAAGAUAUAUAGCCUUUCAGGUAGAGUUUCGAAAUUUUUUUUUAUAAUAACGCAAAAUCAAUGUAUAUAAUGUGGAACCUGACGUGUCAAAUGAAGGACUAUCAGUCUAGUCCGAAUAACCUGUUCUAUACCGUUCAAAAAGAGAUCACCAAUUAUUAAGGGAUUUUUCAAGGGGGGCAGAAUGACAUAUUAUCUUUGACUAGCGACACGCCUCAGCUUUGUGCAUCACACUUUUUUGUAUAUUUUUCCACUUGUCGCGAUCUCUGCGUACUUCUUUCGCUUCAUCCACAUUCAUAACUCACUUCAUGAUUCGGCGGUUUCGGGUUCUUUUGACCGUAGAUAAUAUGUUUUUUUUUUAUUUGGUAGUGAUGCGAAGUGAAAGAAAAGGACUUGAGUGUGCCAAAUAGUUUGAAACUCGAUUGUGUAAUAUAAUUUGGAAGUAAAUUAUUACUAACCAUUUAAUAAAAAAAAGUAACCAAAAAGUGCUACGUAUGAUUAAUACCUCAUGAAGGAUAAAUAAAUAAUUAAAAAUACACAGAUUGAGUUAACCUCGAAGUUAGUUUGAGACUCGCCUUACGAGAUACUCACUC